UAAUUCUAAUUACAAAAAAUCACAACUAAAAACCAUAAAACCAAAAGAUUAUAGAAAAAGUAUAAUACAAUACAAACAUGGCCAUGGCCAACAACUAUGUGUAAAUAUUUUCGUUCAAACUUAGUUAAUCAAAAUUCACGUGACAAACAAAGUAUCUUUUGUUGGCUAUAGGUUCUACUCCUUUUUGUUUGCUUGUAUUCUAUUCUUAAUUAAAUGAUACACCAUAUAAACUUUCACAUUUCGCUUAUAUUCUUCCUUUUUCACACUUUUACAAUUUUCCAACUCAAUAGCAAAAUUUCAAGCAUCAAUCUAUCCCCUCGUCCAUCAUAGACGAAUCUUCAAACGUCACUUUUUUAUUUUUUUAAAAACCAAGGUCCGUGUAGUCUUGAAAUAAUAUAUGAUUCUUAUUCCAACAAUCUCAUCAAACUUAACACUUUGGAGAAGCAAAAUAUUUUUCGUGAAUUUCCAAAAGUCGUAGAACAAGUCAAGUUGUUCCCUUUAGUCUCCUCCUUUUGGCUUACAUAUUCUAUUUUAGCAAUCCAUACAUAAAUGUACCUAUACUAGAUGCCUAAAUACAUACAAAGUUAUAAUUAACAUACCAAACAAAUAAAAUAAUAGACGUACUAUAGAAAGCGUCAAGCUUGAACUGAAUGUUUAAAAGCUUGCAGUGACUGCAAUACUUAGUUCCAAUUUCUCCAUAGUCGGUUAUAGCAUAAACAGGGAGUAGUGGUUGACUUUUGACACAUCUGUCAUGAAUUUUAUAUGGAGAUGACGUUUAAUUUAUAAAUCAAUAAUGGAUAAAUUGGCACUAAGAGAUGAAUUUAAAUGACAACCUCUUCCUUGUUUGAAGUCGGUUAAAAACAAACAAAAGAGUUUCAAUUAUAUUUUUUAUUAAUUGGCAUCCAUAAUUAUCAUUCCAACAGCAAUUUUUGACUGUUGCCGAAUGGCUUUAGUAAGUAUCCAAUCCACUUCGUUAAAUUCUCAAUACAUUAACCGCGCAGACAAUAUCCAUUUGUUUCGUAAGCGUCGCGGUUGUUACGAAGUGGCGCACGUCAGUAGCUGCCACGUCUCUGCACAAAGCGUUCGCACGCCGGAAACAAAUGAAUUUUCACAAAGUAAUGGUGACUCGUAACUACGCCAAAAACACAAAAUCUUAUAAAAUAAAAACAACACUAAUUAUUCAGUAGGGAUCACUGGGACUUAAAUAAACUCUUAUCAUUAAUUUGUUUUACUUUUAUUAAGUUUUAACAGUUCCUUUUUUAAUAUAUAACUAAAUAUUCUGUCGUAAGAUAUUAAGAUUUUGAUCCACCUAUUACCUAGUUGUAAUGAAAUCUUUCAACGAAACUCGGCGGUUGAAGAACCUGCAGAGUUUUAAAAGUGGUGCUAUAAAAUUACCACGACACUGGUCCAGGAUGUUACGACUAACUACUUUCGACAAGUCUACAAUUGAAGACAUUUUGCAAGCUGCUGAGACGGGGAAUGUGGACGACUUCAUGCGGCUCUAUCUGGGCGCCCCGUCGCGGCUCACGCUGAAGGACUGUCGCGGGCGGACGGCGGCGCACCAAGCAGCCUCCAGGAACAACACCAACAUACUUCACUUCAUCAAUAACUAUGCUGGAGAUUUAAACCCUCAAGACAAUGCGGGAAAUACACCACUUCACGUGGCCGUAGAAAACGAAGCUCUUGAUGCCAUAGAAUUCCUUCUUCAAAAACAAGUCGAUACGAGUGUUCUAAACAAGAGAACACAAGCUCCAAUUCAUUUGGCAACGGAGUUGAAUAAAGUUUCGGUACUGAAACUAUUUGCCAAGUAUAAGAACAUGUUUGACGUAGACCUGGGGGGCGAGCAUGGCCGUACCGCUUUACAUUUUGCUGCCAUCCAUGACCACGACGAAUGCGCUUCUGUCCUGAUAACAGAUUUGGACGCCCAGUACAAACGUCCGUGUAACAACGGUUAUUACCCUAUUCACGAAGCAGCUAAAAACGCAUCGUCAAGAACCAUGGAAGUAUUUCUGCAGUGGGCCGAAUCCCGUGGUUGCACAAGGGAACAAAUGAUAUCUUUAUAUGACAAUGAGGGAAACGUUCCUUUGCAUUCGGCAGUGCAUGGUGGCGACAUUAAAGCUGUAGAGCUGUGCUUAAGAUCCGGAGCCAAAAUUUCAACUCAGCAGCAUGACUUAUCAACCCCGGUCCAUCUUGCCUGCGCGCAGGGCGCUCUCGACAUUGUCCAACUUAUGUUUACAAUGCAACCCAUGGAGAAACUGGCGUGUUUACAAUCUUGCGAUGUGCAGAAGAUGACGCCGAUACAUUGCGCGGCUAUGUUUGAUCACCCUGACAUAGUAGAAUUCCUCAUAUCUGAAGGCUCGGACAUUAAUCCUUUGGACAAAGAACACAGAUCACCUUUGCUUCUGGCGGCCUCGAGAGCCGGAUGGAGAACUGUUAAUGCCUUGAUUGAACUAGGUGCUGAUAUUUGUUUAAAAGAUGUAAACAGUAAAAAUGUACUUCAUCUAGUAGUACUCAAUGGGGGAAGACUGGAAGAUUUUGCUGCCAGUUGUAAGAAACGUUGCCCAAAGAGUUUAACUGAGUUGUUAAAUGAAAAAGACACUACCGGCUGCUCUCCCCUGCACUACGCCAGUCGCGAGGGUCACAUCCGGUCUUUGGAGAACCUGAUAAGGCUUGGAGCUUGCAUAAAUUUGAAGAACAAUAAUAACGAGAGCCCUCUGCAUUUUGCUGCCAGAUACGGGCGCUACCACACAGCAUGCCAGCUGCUAGACUCGGACAAGGGUACCUUCAUCAUCAACGAGAGCGACGGCGAAGGCCUCACGCCGCUGCAUAUCGCCUCCAGGGAAGGCCACACCAGGGUCGUGCAACUACUGCUCAACCGAGGUGCAUUGCUACACAGGGACCACAACGGGCGCAACCCCCUGCAUUUGGCUGCCAUGAGCGGGUACACGCAGACCAUCGAGCUUCUCCAUUCCGUGCACUCGCACCUGCUAGACCAAGUGGACAAGGACGGCAACACUCCACUUCAUUUAGCGACGAUGGAGAACAAGCCGAAUGCUAUAGCUCUUCUGCUGACAAUGGGGUGCCGACUUAUUUACAACAACAUGGAUAUGAGUGCCAUCGACUAUGCUAUUUAUUACAAGUUUCCGGACGCAGCGCUAGCCAUGGUCACUCAUGAGGAAAGGGCUAGUGAGGUGAUGUCGCUUCGAUCCGACCGCCACCCGUGCGUGACUCUGGCGCUCAUAGCCUACAUGCCACGCGUCUUCGAAGCUGUCCAGGACAAAUGUAUCACGAAAGCCAACUGCAAGAAGGAUUCUAAGAGCUUUUAUAUUAAGUACAACUUCUCAGCUCUGUGUCCACAAUUUAAAGAAGACGAAUUCGGACAUCGGCUGAAACCUGAAAACAUGACCAAACCAAUUGCUUUACCAGCAUUGAACGCAAUGGUGGCCCACGGGCGUGUAGAACUUCUAGCGCAUCCUCUAAGCCAAAAGUACUUGCAAAUGAAAUGGAAUUCAUAUGGGAAAUACUUCCAUUUGGCUAAUCUCUUGUUUUAUUGUAUAUACCUCACGUUUGUGACUAUGCAUUUGUAUAUGCUGAUAGAACUGGUUGAAACACCACACGAAGCGAGGACGGCCUGCGUUACCAACAGCUCCGGUUUAUCUGAAUCUUUGGGAUCUCUGGACUCAGAUGUGGAAGUCGGAAGACUACAGGACGAUUUACAAGCAAGAGUAAUCAUGUACACCAGUGCCAUCGCCAUCAUGGUCUACAACUGUCUGUGCUUCAUCAGAGAGCUCUACAACAUGAAACAGCAAAAGUGGCAUUACCUCGUGGACCCCUCCAACUUGGUCUCUUGGAACCUGUACAUCUGUUCCACCAUCAUGAUAUUGCCUACUCUGUUUGGCGGCUAUUGGGACAUACAGAUAUCGGCGGCGUCGCUGACGGUGUUCCUAUCGUGGUUCGAGCUGCUGCUGCUGCUGCAGCGCUUCGACCAGGUCGGCAUCUACGUGGUCAUGUUCCUGGAGAUCCUGCAGACGCUCAUCAAGGUGCUCAUGGUCUUCUCCAUCCUCAUCAUCGCCUUCGGACUCGCCUUCUACAGUCUGCUCUGCAAGGGUCACCAUUUGUCUUUUAAUAACAUCCCGUUGUCCCUGAUGAGGACAUUCUCAAUGAUGCUUGGUGAGAUCGAUUUCGUCGGUGCUUACGUGCAACCGUACUACCAAAACGACAGCGACAAAUCUAUUCCCUACCCGCUGCCCACUUUCUACAUACUAGCGGUGUUCAUGGUACUGAUGCCUAUUCUUCUGAUGAACUUGCUGAUCGGUUUGGCGGUGGGAGAUAUUGAGAGCGUACGUCGGAAUGCACAGUUGAAACGACUCGCUAUGCAGGUGGUGUUACACACGGAGUUAGAGCGUAAACUUCCUAAACUGUUGUUGGAGAAAGUAGACAAAAAUGAGCUUAUAGAAUAUCCGAAUAACAAAUGCAAGAGUGGAUUCCUUGAUCUCAUACUGCGGAAGUGGUUCUGUAACCCAUUUACUGAUGAAGUGGGUCUAGACUUGGUCCUGGAGAGCUGCGAGGACUACCUCACCGCGGAGAUGGAGAAGCACAAGCGCCGGCUCAAGGAGAUGUCUCAGCUGCUCGAGCAACAACACACGCUGGUGCGCCUCAUAGUGCAGAAAAUGGAGAUAAAGACGGAGGCGGACGACGUGGACGAGGGCGUGUCGCCGGGCGACGCGCGCGUGGUGCCUCGCUGGAGCUACCCGCGCCUGCGCAACAAGCUGCGCUCCGCACACUCCUUCAACAAGAGCGAAUAACCACCCGCGGCUUAGGCUGUUUAUCCUCCUGCCCCCGUAUUUUGUAACUUUUUGAGAGUUAGCAACCGGUGAUAAUUGGUAUCAACUUAGAGACUUAUUUACCGAAAACACCAAAAAUCUUAGUGAAAGAAAUAUGCAAGAAGCCUACCAAUAUA